AUGGGAGCGCCAAGCCUCCUGCUCGUGAGCUGGAGGUCAGAGCCGGCCCUCUUAUGUCCAGCAUUGCUAAGACCGAUCCCGUCAGCCUGCCGCAUUCCGUGCUUCCCCAAACUCGGUGAGGACCAGGCGACAAGCAAUGACACCCCGGGACUGGAAAUGUAUGGGACGCCGGGGAUGCAGAAGCCCUCGCCGCUCCGCUUUGGCCCGCUCCUGCGGCUCGGGGCCCAGAGUCCACAGUUCAGCGCCGGCGGACACUGGGCAUCUACUACUGCUUUUCAAAGGCAGCCUCACGCGCCCGCUAUGUGGCUUGAGAAGACUCCCGGUCGCCUAAAGCAGCCAGCAGGUCCCAUGGUGUAA